UGGAACUGUAAAGAUGUCGCUUGCAAUGUGGCUUCUGCUUGGAAUCAUCCUGCUUUUGGCUGUCUACUGCCUGCUGAGGCAACACUAUGCCUACUGGAGGCGUCGAGGAGUACCGGAGUUGCGCCCCAGCAUCCUGUUGGGCAACUUGGCGGGCAUGUUGAGCUUGAGGAGCAGUCCAGCGGAUUUCAUUCAGCAGCUGUACAAUCAUCCGGAUGCACAGGACAAGCCAUUUGUGGGCAUACAUGUGUUCCAUAAGCCGGCAUUGCUUUUACGUGAUCCGGAGCUGAUUAAACGGAUUAUGGUCAAGGAUUUUCCCAAGUUCUCCAAUCGUUAUUCAAAUUCCGACUAUAAAGGGGAUCCGUUGGGAUCGCAGAACAUAUUCUUCUUGAAGAAUCCGGCGUGGAAGGAGGUGCGACUAAAGCUAUCGCCAUUUUUCACCAGCAACCGGCUGAAGAACAUGUUCCCGCUAAUCGACGAGGUGGGCUGCAAUCUGGACGCCUUUCUCCGCCAACAGCCGCUGCACAAUGAGCGCAUGCGUUGCUUCGAUCUGGAGGCCAAGGAGCUGUGUGCACUGUUCACCACAGAUGUGAUUGCCACGGUGGCCUAUGGCGUCCAGGCCAACAGCUUCACCCAGCCCAACAGCGAGUUCCGUCGUCAUGGACGUGCCGUCUUUGAGUUUAGUUUGAUGCGUGCGGCGGAGUUCACCUUGGUGUUCUUCAUGCCACAACUGGUGCCCCACUUGGGGUUCAAGGUGGUGCCAGCCGGACCCACCAAGUUUCUGCGAAACACCAUCAACUAUGUGAUGGCCGAGCGGGAGAGAACGAAUCAAACACGCAAUGAUCUUAUCGAUCUCCUCAUCGACUUCAAGAGGAGCACACUGAAGGCCAAGGCCGAAGGCAAGACGGAUCAGUUUGUAUUCGAGGGCGACAUCUUGGUGGCACAGGCCGUACUCUUCUUUACCGCCGGCUUCGAGUCGUCCUCAUCCACAAUGGCCUUUGCCAUGUUCGAGCUGGCCAGGAAUCCAGAGGUGCAGCAACGUUUGCGACAAGAGAUUAAAGAUGCCUUGAUUGCCAGUGGCGGGCAAGUUAGUCAACAAUUGAUCGAGUCCUUGGAGUACAUGCACAUGAUACUCCAGGAGGUGCUGCGCAUGUAUCCUCCAUUGCCGUUCCUCGAUCGCGAGUGUACCCUUGAGAAUGGUUAUUCUCUGACACCUUUCCAUAAGUUCAGUGUGCCCAAGGGCAUGCCCAUCUACAUUCCAGCCUAUGCACUUCAUAUGGAUCCUCAGUACUUUGCCCAGCCACGUCAGUUCCAACCGGAGCGUUUCUCCCCCGCCAAUCGCAAGCUCCUCACCCCGUACACCUAUAUGCCCUUUGGCCUGGGACCACAUGGCUGCAUUGGCGAACGUUAUGGUUUCCUGCAGGCCAAGGUGGGUUUGGUUUAUGUGCUGCGCAAUCAUCUGGUCACCACCUCGGAGCGGACACAACGACGCAUGAAAUUGGAUCCCAAGGCAAUAAUACUCCAAGCCAAAGGUGGAAUACAUCUGAGGCUAGUGCGUGAUCCCCUGGGAGUGUAGUUACUUACAUGACGGACCUCUAGAGGAUCGGUUGCGAGCAAUACACCUGUCAGCGAUUCACUUGGAACUAACUGGGAGACUCGCGUGAGAUGUCACUUUAAAUUGGUUUUUUUUUCUC